AUGCGACUUUCAGAUUUGCGUGGUAGUUAUGGUGGAGGUCGCGGUGUGUACGAUUUUCUGGGACAAUUCUUGUAAGUAACGUGGACUUACCAGAGGUUCUAUUUCACAACAGAAACUAACAACCCAAAAUGUUCGUCCUUGCCGGUGUAGUCGCUUUGAUAGCCUGUUUGUUCUUUCUCUACGGAAAAACCAAAUCAAUUCGUAGGAUCAAAAUUCAUGGACAAGGAGUUCUCAUCACCGGCUGCGACACAGGAUUUGGACACCAACUUGUUCAACGACUGGACGAAAUGGGAUUCACUGUUUUUGCCGGGUGUUUGUCUGAUAAAAGUCAGGGAGCAGAGACCUUGAAGAGAAUAUGUACAAAACGUGUUCACAUUUUACAACUUGACGUCACAAAAUCUGAGGACAUCCUACAGGCAAGGAAAACUGUCCAGAAAGGCUGUGCAGCCCCUGGUAGAAUCGUUAAUGUGACAAGCGUAAAAGGCGUUCUCUCACGCCCCACCAUAUCGGUGUAUGGAGCCACGAAAUUCGGUGCCGAAAAUUUCUCCGACUGUCUCCGUCUUGAAAUGCGCAAAUUUGGCGUCAAGGUGUCCAUUAUUGAGCCUGGAAACUUUGGGGGAUUAACAGGAAUAGUUAAAGACCAAAAUCUUAAGCGUCUCAUGAACGAGAUGGAGAUUAUGUGGGAACAUGCUGAAGACGAUGUUAAGCAAGCUUAUGGAAGAGCACAUUUAGAGGGACAGUUUACAGGCUUACAUAAAGCCUUAGAAACCUGUUCACCAACGAUGAAGCCAGUUAUCGAUGCUUUAGAGGAUGCCCUUGUAAACGAGAGACCCUCUGUCCGAUAUCUUGUUGACGGUGGGAGAGGACUUGUUGACUGGUACAAUUUAUACGCUCGCAUACAUUAUUAUUUGCCGAGUAAAUGGAUGGAUUUCGUUCUUGAUACGUCUUGGAAUAGAGGAAUUCGAUAAAUUAGCACUGCCUGUCUGUGUUACACAGCCCGUAAUGGAUGAACGUCCGACGCACGACAAGGCCAUACGAAAUUAAAGAUUUAUGUAUGGAUUAUAUAAGACAUUGUAGACAUAUUUUUUGUUUAUGUUGAAAUUUGAACUUCCUGUACAGUUUGUUUGUUUGGUUUUUUUUUCUAUAACAGAGCAAGUGAAAAGAUCCCGCACUGUCUUUUUUUCGCAAUUAAGUGAUUGGUUGUAAUUCGGGGUUUUAGUGGGACUGAAUCGAUGGUUAUAUUAAAAAAUGUGUAUCCUGCAUCGCAGCAAAUAUUCUGUGAUCUUUUUGUCAUUAAUUUUAUUUUUCUGUAAUUAGAUACAAAAUCUCCCUUAAGCAUGGUUUUCUUUAAUUUAUAACAUUAAAAAGGAACUAUGGAAAUACCAGUGUUCGGUAUGAAAUCUUUAUAUAAACAGGAACUAUGGAAAUAUCCGUGUUCGGUAUGAAAUCUUUAUAUAAACAGGAACUAUGGAAAUACCCGUGUUCGGUAUGAAAUCUUUAUAUAAACAGGAACUAUGGAAAUACCCGUGUUCGGUAUGAAAUCUUUAUAUAAACAGGAAGUUUUUGGUUAUCAGUUACAUGUAUCCACGUUGGUGAAUCAAGUGACUUUGGCAUGCCUUUAUAUCCGGAGAAAUGACGACGAAAGUCAACACAAGGGAACAUUCAAACGAAUAAGUAACACUUUUAUCAAUAACGAAUUGUCACAUCACUUAUAUCAACAUUUGAAAGAUUUUCUCAUGAACAAAUCUAUACUAAAAUGGUAAUUCUACGUGCAAAAACAGAGAACAUUGACACAGUUUUUGGCGGUCGGAAAGUUUUUGACUGAAAGCCAAAAACAAAAAACUGUGUCGAUGUUCUCUGCUUCUAUCGCACGUAUAACUAUCAUUUUAGUACAGAUUUGUUUCCCCAGAAAAUCCUUCAAAUAUUGAUACAAGUUAUGUGACAAUUCGUUAUGGAAAAAAAGUGUUACUUACUCGUUUGAAUUUUCCCGUGUGUUGGCUUUCAUCGUCAUUUUCCGGGUAAUAGAUCAAGCCAUAGUCACGUGAUUUGCCACUGUGUGUAUCGUCAGAGACAACAUUACAGAGAUGUGUGUGAGGAAUAAUUGAUCUAUAAAAAAUGAUUAUAAUCAUCUAGCUGCUUUUAUUAUUCAUACCAACGUACCUUAAUAUCAACAACAAAUAUCUGAACAUUGACUUUUGGGUAAGGCAAUGUACUCGGUCUUUGACACUGUAAACACGUUUAUGAUAAGAUAAUGAAGCUGUUGUUGAUGCAAAAUGAGAGUGCGAACUUCUAAAGCAUGUAUGUAUAUUGUUUAUGCUCAUAAAACGAUUUCAGAAGGCA